UUUGUUUUUUUAGAAAUUCCUUUUCCAUGCAACUCUCUUUGUCUUUUGGUUACCACUCCUGAUCGCAUUUUGGCUUUGACCUACGACACCAGUUCGAGUUUUGUGGUCAUUCCCAAUUCAUCAUACGCUUCAGCUUUAGACUACUACUACAAUGACUACAACAAGCGUGGCUUUAUAUUUUGGACCGAUAGGGUGGAAAAGAGCAUUAAGCGCUCAAAUAUGGAUGGAACAGACAUAAAAGUUAUCUACAAUGGCCCAGAAGAAUGUUACGGACUAGCUGUGGAUUGGAACUCAUUACAGUUGUAUGGGACUGAUUUAACAAAUGAUACGAUAUGGGUAUCUGACUUUGAGGGAAGAAAUAGGCGUAUGGUCAUUUCUUCAAAUCUUGACACGCCUACAGGAAUUGCUCUCGACCCACACGAGGGGUAAAUAUAACCCUGAAAUGAAUAAACAAUAGCCUCUGUUUGGCGUAAAAAUAUCCUCGAUUAUUUGUCCGCGGCGAGAGAAUAUCAACUGAGAGGACUUAUCCCUGUCGCUCAUGAUAAUUUUUUCUUUUGUCCGCGGACAUUAUCUGUUCCGAGAUGCGUACAGUUUUCCGAGGGCGAAACUCGAUAAAAGCUGUGAGUUACGAGGAACACAUGAUUUCCGAGGACAAAUAUGCAAGCAGAUUUUCGCACCAAAUGGAAGCUACUGUGUUUAUUCUCCCGGCUAAAUAUUUUUCUACGCUUAUGAACAGCUUAGCGUUUUUUUACUUGAGAUAUUUACUCUUCUGUGUUCUCUGGUACGGCGGUGAUGUCACCGUUCUUUAUUCAGAUUUUUUUCGCCGUACCAAACGUCAUUUUACUAUACAUGGUUUAGUAUGAAAGGUUAUUCAAACGACUUUGGAAACAUAAGUUUUUGUUUUUGUGUUUUCCCUGUUGUUGUUGUUGAUUUUUUUCUUUUGUCUUUUUGAUCUUUACUUUCUGAAAAAUUUAUUCGAGUUCCUCUUUCCUUGUUGUUCUAACGACUGGCUGAAAAAAGCCAGAGUAGGACAACAAUAAGAUAUCUACCAUGUAUAAUUUAGUUUUUUUCCUUUAUGUAUGUACCCGUUUAAAAAACGUUGCAGUUUAAGUAUCUAUGAAAUACUUUCUCCCUUUCUUUUUGCAUUACAAAUGUGGUGACAGAAUAAAUCAAAGGGACAAUUUUUCAAAAGAAAAGUACAAUAGCUGCUAUCAAAAUUACAUAAAGGCAUUGUCCAUCACCUUUUUGAUGAGGAAAGAAAAGGUAUAUGUAUAUAGGACAGAAAUGUUCAAUAUAAAAAUAUUUGUAUAUGUACGUAUUCUUUGUUUCCGAAUGUUACAAACUCGUGGCAAAGAGUCAAUAGUUGACUCUCCUUUUGCAUUUUAUAUAAACCUGCUUUGAGGGAAUACUCAAACAUGCAAAUUAAAAAGGAAUUCUAGAAAGGAAACAGCAAGAAAGCUCAACCAGUCAUGAAUUUAGUGCUUUCCUCUACAGAUUGAUGUUUUGGAAUGCAUGGGGAAACGCCUCGAAAGUCGAGAAAUCAAACUUAGAUGGAACCCAACGUUUUGCUAUAGUAACGUCAAAUCUUACUUGGCCAAGUGGUAUCACUCUUGAUCGACGAAACAAACUUGUUUACUGGGUGGACGAGUCCAGAGGCGCAAUUGAAUCCGUUGAUUACAAUGGGAACAACAGAACUUUACUCUUUCAGCAAAAUGGUUUAGACUUCUAUUCACUUUCCUUCAUCUCCCCUUAUUUAUUCAUCACUGGGUGGAAAGAAAAUUGGAUUUACAAAUUUGAUGUCUUCAAUGGAACUGUUGUAAACAUUAUAUCAUUGUCCCACGGAAACGCUUAUGGACUCGUGGCAUAUGACAGCUAUCGGCAGAUAUCAGGUUUGUAAAACAGCAGCAAAACUUCAGAGUGAUUUAUGUGCGUGGAGAGGUAGUGGACAGGGAGGGUAUCACCUGAUUGACUUAGUUUUGAGUGUGACACCGAGAGCUAAUGUCUUUGACAUAGAAGGCAGCCUGAAGUUUAAUGCCUGCCGGCAUUGUUUAAACUCUCUACACUGUGGUGAUUUCUGUUGCUUAAAUGGAAAAGUGCCAGUGGAAAAGGCGUACACGUAAAUUCUGUUACGAAUCAUUGAGUCUAUGCAUCAGAAAUAUUACAUUUAGACAUCCGUGGUACAGGCAGACUGAUCGCCCUACCUUGGCACAAGAGGAAUAGCAAUGGAACUUAUGGCUGAGUAAUACCUAAACUGGCUUUUCUACACCUAAGCGACCUUUUAGAUACAGUUUUUACUCGAAAUAAUCCUCGCAAGUGAGUUGCGAUAAAAAAAAAUGGUCUGGGAAAAGAGUUAAAAAAAAGUUGAAGAUCGAUGUGAUUCGAGCCCUUGCCACCAAGAUACUUGUUCGGCGCAUUUUUUCAGUUUUAAGUUUCCUUCGAGUCUGUUGAAGCACUAGUAAUGUUUUAGUCAGUAUUACAGGAGUGAACAACUCUUUACCGACAUUUGAAAGUGAAAAUUACGUCGAAACGUUUACAAAUAAAAUACUUUUUCAACUAAUUCAUUUGUUUGUGUUUAUUGCAGGAAUCACGUGCCCAGGAUUGCCUUCACCAACAAACGGAACAAGACUUGGAUGUUCAGGGAAUGCAACUGAGUUUUAUGAUACAGUCUGUCAGUUUAAGUGCAAUAAUGGCUAUAUAGGAUCUGGCUCUCAAAUAAGAAGAUGUCAAGAGAAUAAAACUUGGAGUGGUGAUGAGUUUGUCUGUCAAAGUACGUCCCAUAUCUUAGUGGCGCUUGUAAUGUAACACUUUACAUGUUUUCUUUAGAAAAGACACGAAAUAGGAGAUAAUCGACCUUAAUUAAGCGACCUUUUAGAUACAGGAUACAGUUUUUACUACACAGGCGCAUUUUUCAAAGUUUACUUCGAGUCUGUUGAAGCACUAAUGAUGUUUUAGUCAGUGUUACAGGAAUGAACAACUUUUUACCGACAUUUAAAAGUGAAAAUUACGUCGAAACGUUUACAAUUAAAAUACUUUGGCAACUAAUUCAGUCGCUUGUGUUGAUUGCAGGAAUCACGUGCCCGGGAUUGCCUUCACCAACAAACGGAACAAGACUUGGAUGUUCAGGGAAUGCAACUGAGUUUUAUGAUACAGUCUGUCAGUUUGAGUGCAAUAAUGGCUAUGUAGGAUCUGGUUCUCAAAUAAGAAGAUGUCAAGAGAAUAAAACUUGGAGUGGUGAAGAGUUUGUCUGUCAAAGUACGUCCCAUAUCUUAGUGGCGCUUGAAAUGCAACGCUUUACAUUUUUUUUCUUUAGAACAGGCACGAAAGAGGAGAUAGUAAUCACCAGGGAUGGAAAUUAUGUAGAAUACCGAAGAUAUUCUUGUGCUGUUGGCAUUUUCAUUGUAAAAGUAUGAUAUUUCCAUAGGUAAAAGGGCACUCCUUACGCUGUUCGCCCAUAAUUCUCACAAGAAAAAGUUACUUAAAUAGCUGUAAAGUAUUUCCUCUGAAACGGGUUGAAAAUUAAUUUUACCUUUUUUCAGUUGUGAUGUGCCCUACUCCGAUGCCACCAGCCAACAGUGUUCGACAGGGAUGCACUGGGAAUGCAACAGAAUACCCUUAUAACACAGAGUGUCAGUUCUCCUGCAUUGAGGGCUAUAAACUUGUUGGCUCUAGCUUGAGAAAAUGCCAAGACAACGGGCUCUGGAGCGGAGGAGGGGAAUUUUAUUGCGAGAGUAAGUUUGAAAAAUUAAUUGAAACUAUUUUGUGUUUAGAUCCAAUGGCGUCGAGGGAUGGGAUGGCAACGGAACUUAUGGCUGAGUAAUACCUAAACUGGCUUUUCUGCACUUGAGCGAUCUUUUAGAUACAGUUUUUACUAUGCAGGCGCAUUUUUCGAGGUUUGUUUCGAGUCUGUUGAAGCACUAAAAAUGUUUUAGUAUUACAGGAAUGAACUACUCUUUACCGAUAUUUGAAAGUAAAAAUUACGUCGAAACAUUUACAAUUAAAAUUCUUUGGCAACUAACUCGGUUGUUUGUGUUCAUUGCAGGAAUCACGUGCCCAGGAUUGCCUUCACCAACAAACGGAACAAGACUUGGAUGUUCAGGGAAUGCGACUGAGUUUUAUGAUACAGUCUGUCAGUUUAAGUGCAAUAAUGGCUAUAUAGGAUCUGGUUCUCAAAUAAGAAGAUGUCAAGAGAAUAAAACUUGGAGUGGUGAUGAGUUUGUCUGUCAAAGUACGUCCCAUAUGUUAGAGGCGCUUGGAAUGUAACACUUUAUAUGUUUUCUUUAGAACAGGCGCGAAAUAGGAGAUUAUGGACCUUAAGCGACCUUUUAGACACAGUUUUUUUACCAUACAGGCGCAUUUUAAAAGGUUUCCUUCGAGUCUGUUGAAGCAGUAAUAAUGUUUAAGUCAGUAUUACAGGAAUGAACAAUUUUUUACCGACAUUUGAAAGUGAAAAUUAUGUCGAAAGGUUCACAAUUCAAAUACUUCGGUAACUAAUUCAGUUGUUGGUAUUUAUUGCAGGAAUCACGUGCCCAGGAUUGCCUUCACCAACAAACGGAACAAGACUUGGAUGUUCAGGGAAUGCAACUGAGUUUUAUGAUACAGUCUGUCAGUUUGAGUGCAAUAAUGGCUAUGUAGGAUCUGGUUCUCAAAUAAGAAGAUGUCAAGAGAAUAAAACUUGGAGUGGUGAAGAGUUUGUCUGUCAAAGUACGUCCCAUAUGUUAGUGGCGCUUGGAAUGUAACACUUUACAUUUUUUCUUUAGAACAGGCGCAAAAUAGUAGAUAAUGGACCUUAAGCGACCUUUUAGACACAGUUUUUUAUUAUACAGGCGCAUUUUAAGAGGUUUCCUUCGAGUCUGUUGAAGCAGUAAUAAUGUUUUAGUAUUACAGGAAAAAAAAUUUUUUACCGACAUUUGAAAGUGAAAAUUACGUCGAAACGUUCACAAUUAAAAUACUUUGGCAGCUUACUCAUUUUUUUAUGUUUAUUGCAGGAAUCACGUGCCCGGGAUUGCCUUCACCAACAAACGGAAAAAGACUUGAAUGUUCAGGGAAUGCAACUGAGUUUUAUGAUACAGUCUGUCAGUUUGAGUGCAAUAAUGGCUAUGUAGGAUCUGGUUCUCAAAUAAGAAGAUGUCAAGAGAAUAAAACUUGGAGUGGUGAUGAGUUUGUCUGUCAAAGUACGUCCCAUAUCUUAGUGGUGCUUGAAAUGUAACUGUACAGUUUUUCUUUAGAACAGACACGAAAGAGGAGAUAAUAAUCACCAGGUUUGGAAAUGAUGUAGGAUACUGAAGAUAUUCUUGUGCUGUUGGUAUUCUUAUUGAAAAAGUAUGAUAUUUCCAUAGGUAAAAGGGCACUCCUUACGCUGUUCGCCCAUAAUUCUCAAAAGAAAAGCUAAUUAAACAGCAGUAAAGUAUUUCUUCUAGAACAGGAUGAAGAUUAAUUUUACGUUUUUCAGUUGUGAUGUGCCCUACUCCGUUGCCGCCAGCCAACAGUGUUCGACAUGGAUGCACUGGGAAUACAGCAGAAUACCCUUAUAACACAGAGUGUCAGUUCUCCUGCAUUGAGGGCUAUAAACUCGUUGGCUCUAGCUUGAGAAAAUGCCAAGACAACGGGCUCUGGAGCGGUGGAGGGGAGUUUUAUUGCGAGAGUAAGUUAAAAAAAAUAUUCUAGAAACGAUUUUGUUUUCAGACGCAAUGGCUUUUGUUAAGGAAUGUAUUGAACGAUACUCACUUUGCCCAGGAAAAAGAGGUCCAAUACGUCUGGAUGGAGAGACGCUUAAUGUUCUGUGAAGAAAGAGCCUCUACUUAAACACCCAACCCAGAGAGAGAUAUAUCAGACUGCUUUUCUUUAUCGCUUUCAAUCUCUAGGGAUAAUAUGUGAUUCUCUUCAACUUCCUCCCAAUGUGAGAACGAACGGUUCUUGCAACCGGUUGCCAGGCAACGGUUGUCACUUUACCUGCGAACGAGGCUUCAACUUGAUUGGCUCAGAAAUCAUGUGGUGCAAUAACGAUGGAUCAUGGACCGGCACGCAACCUCGAUGUGAUGGUAAGCUUACACAAAAUUGAACUUAUCCUUUGAAAAUCAGAGCUAAAAAAUCCAACCAAACAAAGGCUCGAAUCCUAAUUUUAGAUCCUUUCAAAUCCCUAGCGUGAAACUUUUUGGACACAUUCACCAAGGCGUUUGAAAACAACCAUAUCUCCUCCUCUGAGACUGAUAAAAAAGGCGUCAUGAUGAAUUUUUGUGUUUUGUUUAGUUGUUACCUGCCCAAUGUUGUCAUUACCGACCAAUGGUGUAUUCUUGGGAUGUAACACUAAUACGACGGAGAUGUUAUAUGGCACAGAAUGCAGCUUCUCUUGUAAAGAAGGAUCUGUAGCGACUGGUUCAACAGGAAGGAGAUGUACGGAAAAUGGAAACUGGACUGGAACAGACCUUGAGUGUACAGGUAUAAGAGAUCUGACAAAACUCUGA